CUACAGUUGCUAAAGUGAUUGACAAAUUUGAGGACGAAACUGCAGAUGACAUUUUCCCCGUUGGUAAUAUAAGGAAAAAAGCUUCAGCUGCUCUCUUGGAAGCUGAUAAAAGGUACCAUGGAAAAGCUACAUCUCGCAAAGCCUUGCAAGAAGAACUCUGGGGAGAUGCUCUGUCUGAAGAAGGAUCUGCUGAAGAAGCAUUAGAUGAAUGGUACAGUGGCAGUGAAGAUGCAGAAGAGAAUGGCAGCUUAGGCACUAAAACAGAGGAGAAGCUCAGCAGUGCUGGCAGUGACCAGGAGGAUGACUUGGAAGAUGAUGAAGAGACAGAUCCGUCUGCCAAGGCCGAGGCACCGAAGUUCAGUUUCCAGAAUAUUACAGACCUCGAGAAAUUUACAGAGGGAAUGGAUGACGUAGGAAGCAGUGAAGGAGAAGACACAGAUGAUGCCAGCAUGGAAGAAGGAAGCGAUGAGGAGGAAUAUGGGAGUGAAAACCAUGAUGACAUAAAGGAAACCAAAGACAGUGAAGGUGACGGGGGGGUGAUGACGUUCUCAAAAGGACAAGAGGCUGAAGAAGUAGAAAAAGGAAAAGCUGUGAAGAACCAGCUAGCACUGUGGGAUCAACUAUUGGAAGGGAGAAUCAAGAUGCAGAAGGCGCUCGUAACAGUCAACCGGCUUCCACAGCCAGAUACUUACCCAAUCUUCAGAAAGGAAGGUGGACAAGAAUUCGACAAUGCUGUUGAGAACU